AUGAGUGUUAGCCGCCUCCAAGCUGCGUUGGCCAGCGCCACAAAUGAGGUCACCGUUGCAGCCACAAACAUUAACUUCGACUUUACGCUUGUCAAGUAUGAAGCUCCAAAAGAGUACCAGCCUCUUGGUGCACUCCUUUCUCCUAAACGCAAGGAAAAUGCAGAAUUUGGACCUUCACACUGUACAGCACGCCGGCUGGCGUCCUUGUUCCAGGAUGUCUGCCCGGAAACGCCCAAUUUGAUCAGAGCCUAUGGGAAGCGGGUGUCGGAGAUCUCAACGAGGGCGACCAAGAGACAGUCGACCAAGUUUGCUAAUUCCAUGUUCGAGUCGUACGCUGGUGUAGACGCGACAUCCAUCUGGGCUGCUGCCACAUCGUCGGAUCCUGCUGCGGCCGACAGGGGCGCAUUGCACAUCCACCUGCUGGCUAGCAUGCUCGCCAAGAUGUGGCCGGCACCCGAAGCCGUGUCGAUUUGGUUCGAGCUCAUCUCCGAGAGGCAACGGAUGAUAAGCGAACAGCUGGAAAGAGGUGACGCCUUGCCGUUCCCGCUUGCGGCGGCAGCGGCACAACGUCAGAUACAGCGCUCUCAGCUCGCCGAAGACCAGAGCAAGGCCUCGAUGGUCUACCUGAGUGUGACCCAAGCAUGGUGCAGGGCAUUGAUGGUAAUGGAAAGGCUUGUGUCCGGCGUCGCCCAGGAGGUCCACGAUGGGGCGGCUCUCGUUGGCCUCUCGGCCUGGCACAUCUAUCCGGAUAUUCAUGUCUUUGGAUCGAAAUCUGUCAAGGUAUCUAUGCAAGACCCGUUGGUCCAAGCCGGCGGCAUAGUGACGUUAGGCUGCGGGCCUUCGGCAAGACCAUUGUCACAAGGCGUCACCUGGUCGCUGUCACUCAAACAUCUCCGGUAUUAUGGACGGCCAGUAGAGAGUCAGAGUGCGACCGGUACCCAUCGAUCUCAUUUAUCAUUCGAUGAGCUGAUGCUGGCCAUGCUCGGUUGCGUUGUCCGCGAAUGGGGUCUCUCAUGGAACAGCAUCCCUUCCACAGCCAAAAUAUUUUCCAAGUUGGUCCUGCACCUGGAAAGCCGUGAACAAAAAAAACUGGUGGACCAUCAUAUCCUAUAUGGCUUGAGACUACUUGCAAGGGUUGCCGACGCUUACAUUGAAGAUGCGAGCACCUACGCGCCCUUUGUAAACCUUGGCAUCAACAGGCCGCAAUUUCUGCCUGCCACAUCCCGGAAUGUCCCCACGAGGCCUUUCUUCAGUUUGCUGGAAGAGAAGCCCUUUUUGGAUGGACUUAAAGACGAUGAGGCUAGGAUCAUGUUUCUAAGACGCCUGGCAUCGCGGUACUUGUCCCAGCAUCCGCAGGCAACCAGUUGCGUGAUUCGGUAUGCCACUACGCCAUCGAAGACCUCCUGGGCGUCCGUCUUCCCAAGCUCUAUCACUACCCACAACCGCGCAACCUCGCCCAGCAGUGCCCAGUCCCAUCAUCGGUGGAAUGCGAAUCGCACCUUGGAGAAUGACAAGGAGAUCCAUCACCGCACGACAAAACGGAGCCCAGCUCCGUUCUCCUUCAAGGAAGGUUUUGUUUACAACCACCAACACGGCACGCCCAUCCCCAUGUCGCCAUGGUUCGGUAACGCACACGGGACGGCUCUUUAUCAGCCGUGCGAUCUAGCUAGACCUGCUAUGCCUCCGGCGCAAGUAGAACAGGAAGAUCUGCUCUGGGCUCUCGAGUUUGACCUGAUGGCGGACAUCCAAAUUCCUGAAGACAUAGUGUCGUUUACCCUAAGUCUCUUAGCAUACGCCCACGCAAUGGUGCUAGGGAGGCUUGAGGGACCGAUUAUCCGGCUCAAGACUCUGUUGAAGCCACUCACGGAAGCCAAAUGGGCCAAGAAAGCCACUAUCGACUUAGACAAUAUAAGUGCAAGAAGCUUGGCCCCAACAAUAUCUAAAACUCAUCCUAAAUCUUUCAGUAUCCUUUCAUAUUUCGUAUCGGAUUGCGACGUGCGGCCGACCGAUAUCCAGGAAAACGUUUGUGGCGUCUCUUUUGGAGACUCUAUAUUUGUCCCGGAAAACUUGACCCGCGAUCCGUUUGAGGCUUCCGACGAGCAGGCCAUCGUGCGAAUUUUGGGAAAUAUAGGCCUUCCGGGCUUCGUCAUGUUCUCUUCCGUCAUGGAACCAAUGGUGUCAGAGGUCGGCGAGUCGUCCUGGAAGGUAAUUAACCAAAACCUCUUCAACGGCAGGCCCGAGAAUGCGUUUGGCUCGACGUCAAUGCACCUAUCCUUCACCAACUGGGAGAGGUCUAUUGAGGAGCCGAUGUCCGGAGGUCUACAGGAUACGCAAUUCGUGAAAAUGGAGUCCGUUGUCUCCAUCCGAGAGGCCGGGUGCUGGGUCGGCGACGUUGACGUCGUCCGCUCGCUCCGUAACGAGUGCGUGAGCAAGCUUCGCCCGCAGCCGUCCUGCACCCACGAUAUAGAUGGGCUCUACGGAGCGCAUAUGACGUCGAUUGAAUCCUGGGAUGAGCUGAGGAAUUGCAACUCAGGGAACGUGGUGAUCAGAGCACACGGGGAUUGGGUAGCACGGCUCGCCUGCAUAGCUUUUCUAUCGCAGGGUAUCCAGCGGGGUGACUUCAGGUUUGAGAGUGUCAUCGUCUGCCCCCAGCAAAGAGCAGCAGUGCUUGAGCAGCACGGUAAGCCUCUCGUUAUUGUCGAAGAUAGACCCAUCCCAGAAGCCAUUCCAGGCAGUAUCAUCGUCAAAGUCCUCGCUGCACCACUAUCGCGCUACAUCCGAACCACAUUCGACGGCACGAUCCUUGCCCCCCCUCCUCGAUCCGCCCUUUGUCCCGUGCCCAAGAACUCUCGGUUUCGCGACGGUGCUCUUCAGCAAUAUCAGCGCGUUCCGCUCGAAAACGUCUAUCGUAUAGAUGAGAAACUCAUCAGAGAGUUAGGCGUCGACCUGAUCAACCUCGUCUCCAUCAGCACGUUUUCUCCAGCUGCCGGAGCUAUCUUUGAGUCAGCGAAGCUCAAGGUCUGCGAUACAAUCAUCAUUGGGCCAUCGGGUGGAUCGUUUGGUGGAAGCGCGAUUGAGUUGGCCUUGGUGGUUGGAGCAAACGUCGUUGCCCUUGGACGAAACGCAGAGCUGCUACAAGCCAUGAAGCAGAUUUUGAAGUCUUCUCGGCUUAGUACUGCUCUCAUGACGGGCGACGUCGAUGUAGAUGCCGCUGCCAUUCUCGCGGCCACACCUUGUGGUGGAGGGGCGGACGUUCUCAACGAUUGGUCUCCCGGCGGCGUCACCGUCGCUCCCUUUCUUCCAUCGGCUAUUCGCGCGCUCAAACCAGGCGGGCGGAUCGUAGUUAGCGGUGGAUCUUUCGGCUUCUUGGAGGUUCCGUACAUUUCAAUGGUGUUCAACAGAUUGUCAGUCGAAGGAUACACAGCCCUCUCCUACGUCUGGGGCAGUCCCUCUGACACCCUCGCCAUCUACGUCGACAACCACGUCUUUCAUGCCACAAGGAACCUUCACUCCGCCCUCCAGCACAUUCGCCUCUUCCUGAAGCCAUCUCAGAUCAUCCCGCUAUGGAUCGAUGCCAUAUCGAUAAAUCAGGCAGAUACCGUAGAACGAAGCCAGCAGGUCUCGCAUAUGCGGGAGAUUUAUACUUCAGCAGACUUAGUUUUGACCUGGCUCGGUCCAGAUCUCGCCCUGGGGCUAAUGUACCUCCGCGAACUAGGCGACCACGCACUCACCGUCUCUCGAAAUCGCAAAGAGGCUCCAAAAUUUCUUCCCAUCCAUGUCAAAGACCGGCAUACGACCAUCCGGGAGACUGUCAGAGUCUUUCAGUCAACCUACUGGAACCGAGUCUGGACGGUACAGGAGUACACCGCUCCCACUGACUUCGGGGUCUUCCUCUCCGGUACGGCGUGGGUAGAUCGUACUGCCUUCUUACCCGCCACCAUGAUCUACACGCAAGUGUUGCACUGGCUUAGAGAUGGCUUACGAAGACGGGGUGCAGAUGCUUCGUUUGUGGACGCGACACUUCCGAGGGUGAAGAAAGUUGUUCAUGAUCUCAAGAUGAGCUAUGCGCGGAUGCCGGCUUCCAAUGACACUGCUCGAGCACCCGAUGAGAUGAAAGCCUCAUCCAAAGUUGAUGAGAUCCAUCAGGUUGAAUCAAGGCAUGGAGAAAUCUCAACCGUCCGCAGAUUCAACCUCAUAAGCCUCCUCUUACGAUUCCGCGAUCUUCAGGCAACGGACCCGCGAGACCGCAUCUAUGCGCCCCUGAACCUCCUCGAUCAAAGCCCCACCGAGGGCGCCGUUGUCCCUGUUGACUACUCCCUCACUGUCCAGCAGCUCUACACCUCCGUCGCUAAAUGCCUUUUAGAAGACGAAGACUACUGGCCUCUAAGCAUCCUCGAAAUCUGCCGCUUCGGGUCAUCGGACUUACCGUCGUGGGUGCCAGACUGGCAAGUCCUUCCAAGAAAGGUACUCUCAAGGGACGUCACCACAGGGGAGCAAGUUGUCUGCGCGAGUAAAGGAUACCCCGCUGACAUAAGGCCUUGGAAGGUGCUGGACAAGACUCGGUUGCAAAUAUCAACUAUAAAGGUUGAUAUCGUGGCGAAAGUAUGGGACGCAUUUGACGCACUGAGUGUGCCUCGAACAAAGUCCUAUCCAACGUACACCCUGAAGAACCCCGGGGAAAAAUACGCUAUCGGAGAACAAACAGUAUUAGAAGCCUUUCACGGACUAGCAAGUAUCGAACCGAGAUCUGAAGAUGGUGAAGAGGUGGGAAUAUAUCGCCAAGAGGACUGGCAUCGCAACCCAGGCAUGAUGAGCCGGUUCAAUCGCCGCCGGUUAACCCGUACUGAACGCGGGUUCGUCGGUCUGGCACCGGCUGAGGCCGUGCAAGGUGACAAGAUCUGGCUGGUCCCCGGCGCGAACAUGCUGUACAUCUUCAGACCUGUAGCAGACGGUGGAAGUCACGCGCUUAUCGGCGAGGUUUACCUCCAAGGUCUCAUGCACGGAGAGGCACGAGAGUUCCUAGGCGAGGCUGGAAAGCAUACUGUCAUUACACUCGUUUAG